ACUGUGUUUUUCACAAGCAACACAUUAGGUUCAGGCAGACAUCAGCCUGACCUAACAUGAAGUUGUAUGUAACUCCAUCACGGGUUACGGGACCACAUUCUCUGCCUCUGGAAACUCAGGUGAACUAAACCCCAGUGCUAAUGCUCCCCUAGCCCGACUGCUCUCUUCCUACCCGAUGACAGACUCUGGACUCUCUACAGUUUCUACCUCCGCUUGCUAAGUCAUGUUAAAAGCAGAGACUGCUUUGUCUUCACUUGAACUUUACAUCCUGUUAGUCUGCACAAAGGAAGUAUGUUAUGUUAACAGCACACCUAUUUUUCCUAGUGACGAUGUACUCCGUUGGAUAUUAUCGCCAUUCAGAUACCUAUUUAGACAUCCAGGCAAAGGCUAUGACCAGCUGCAUAGCAUAUAAUGAUUUUUUUAAAGGAAAGAAAAUACCAUUAAAACAAAAGGCCCUGUUCUGCUUCUGGGUAAACAAAUGGGAGUUUUACAAAGGCUCAAAAAGGAAAGGAAUUAACAUGCUUCGACGUGGUAAUGGUCUCAACUGUUCACAUUAAAAUUUUCACAGUAAAUUAAACCAUGACAGAGGUAGGAAACGAAGUCAAUUUUCAGUGACUCGUGCUGUUCUGCUGACAUAAAUUGCCAUUUUUUAGGUAGUACAGCCACUAACCUGUAUAAUCACAGAAUAACAAAACUGCAACCCAGCGUUGAUUAAGUUUGGCCUUCUGCAUGCUAAUUUUAGCCUGCUCUGCCAAAAUAAUUGAAUGCACUACCUUAUUUACAUGCUUCUAGAUAUUUAGCACCCUCUCACUAUUUUUUCUUCACCAACCUUUGCUUAAGCCUGCGGUGUUGGCCAUCCCUCCUCGGAUGGUGUGCCUGCUGUCGCGUCCCACUCCUCCUGCCUCUGCAGCGACACUCGGGCACCCUUCCACCACUACAGCAGCCUCCUCCAGGGCACUCUCGCCAAGGGGGAUGCUUGGUGUCAGCCCAGCUUUACCCUGCCCAUCUAUUGUUGCACGCAACGCCUCACGCUCCGGACGGCCGAUAAAGACCGGCAACUUCCCUUGACUAGAAGGCGAUGGUGUGAUGCGCUGCCCAGCAGUCCCAGUAAGGCUGGAGAAGCCCAGGAACUUGAGGCGCCCGCUGGCUGGUGCCUGCCGAGGAGUUAAGGCAACACGUGUUACGCAGCCGGUUUACACCACGGCGAGGGAACCGGAGGGCUGGGUCAGGCCGUGUAAGCCCUGCGGAACGCGCUGCUCCGCGUUAUGGCAGCGGCCCCGCAAGCGGGUCUGUAAGUACAAUGGGGCGCUUCUCUGGCCGCCCAGCGCCCACGGUGCCUCUCCACCUCGGGUGUAUCAUGGCAGCGUCAAACGGAAAAUGACAAAGGACUGUGAAAGACGGUCAACACGGUACACGGCAGAACCAGGCAGAACGCAGAGCCUGCGUGCGCAGGGGGCCGCAGGGUGCCGGCCCCCGCGGGGACCCCGCCGCACCUCGGGGCCGGGCCGCGCCUCACCUCACCCAACCCCGCCGCCGCCGCCGGGCCUCGCCGCCUCCCCGCACGGCCCCCCGGCCCUGCCCCUGCCCCGCACGGGUCCGCAGGCCCGGCCCGAAGCCCGGUGCCCGGCCCGGGCGCUGGGCCGCGCUGGGCCCGCGGGAGGCGGCCGCCCUGCCCUGCCCUGCCCUGCCCCUGCGCCGGCCGCGGCGGGGGGUGGGGGCCCCUCUGCCCCACGGGGGAGCCGGGGGCCGGGGCGAGGGAGGGCGUAUAAUAAACAGCAUCGCUGUCAUGCGGGCAGGGCUGCCGGCUCCCCAAGCCUCCUCCCCGCGAUAACAACCCAGUCCCAGCAUUGGUGUCUGCAGAGAACGCAGUGAAUGAAUAGCGUUUCUGGUCUGCAGUGAAGAUAAUCACACGCCAGAGCUCCAAAGAAAACCCAUCCCAUGGACAUGCAAGGGUGCAGCGCUCUUUUCCUCUUGUCUAUAGACUGCAAAGCAUAAAUGAGUUGCCAAGGUAAGAACUCUGCUCAGGUUUGGCCAGCUUAAAACUCUUAAACACACUUUGCAGACAGUUCCUCCAUCAAGCCAUGGUUUAAGGUGCUGGGAAAGAAUGGAGAAGAAGAAGCAAAUUUCCCUGCUGAUAAAUGAAAAGCCAAACUAAAUGUUCCACACAUUAACAGCACAGAAAACCACUUCAGUACAAACGGCAAAAGAGUUUCUUAGUGUGCAUAACCCCAUCAGCCUCUCAGCACAGCAUACAAAGCCUGAGAUCUCCUGCUAUGUCACUUGUAUUCUGUUCCUUUCUCUUCUGUUACAAAGGGGAGUUCAUCUGCCCCUUCUACACAGAAGUGGCAACAGAGAAGCGAAGAGAGUUUCUUCCAAACACUUCAAGAGCAGUUUCACAUCAUGACUGUGAAUGGAGGGAUGCAGAGGCUUGCUAAUAUAUAUAUGCUACAUGUGUAUAGGCCAGGUCCCAAGUCUGCAGCAGUCAACAGCUGUGUCUGCUUUGUGCUCAGACAAAGAUCAGCAGGUCACAGAGGCAGCAACACCACGUUCUUACUGAGCAAGGGAGACCUGCAGCAGGGAUGGCUCUCUCCUUCCCCCGAAGCUCCCCAAAACAUUAAGACCAGGUUCCCUCUCACUUCUCAUCCUGCCAGACAGGUUGUGUUUCCAGCCCAGGGCAGUAUAUGCAAGUGCGAGCAGGUGAAGGGAGUAAAGCCGGAGGCCCAGCAGGACCAUACAGAGAGGUGGCAGCGCCAGGGGUGUGGUCAGUAGUGAAACCGUGAGACCCAGGACGGACUGUUUUGAAGCCACUACUAUACUACUGAAUUUUGCUUUCCCAACAAUUCCAGGAAACAGUGUUCUUAAGCUCUUGAGAAGCUUGAAGCUAGUCCCUAUUCAUAUGAGGAGAAAAAUAGCUACAUUCCUGGUUGAAAAUUUUCAUAGAGAAACAAUUCCAUUGAUUGGGGAAAAGUGUGGAGCAAUCUUUAAGAAAAGAGCAUGUGGACAGAAAAGGUCUAAUUUCAAAAGAACCCUCCAAAGUAAUGAAAAAAAUUUUAAACAUACGUUGUUUUACAUGAAAUACUCCAUGAUCAUAGUUUUGCACACAUAUAUUUAUAUGUCAGCUGUCUUGUAUGUGGACCCUAUUAAUGCUGCCAUCUCACACUUGCUGUUUUGUGAGAUGCUGUCUGUAUUGUGUCUGUAGAAGCCACACAGAUUAUUAUAUUUAACUCUGUAAUUCUGUCCCUGGCCACCUUAAAAUUUUUGCUUUCCCCACUCACAUCCCUUCUGAGAUCAAGCUAUAAAUGCUCUGCAGGAUGGCCACUUGUAUAAUCAACUUUACUGUAAGAUACUGAAAUAAAAUUAUUUCUUUUUACUUA